GGGUUCUACGACAAUGUUGUGCAGCUCUGCAACAACCACUCACAGGUGUGCCUGGGGCAACCGCUGUUCAUGUUCGAUAAGCAAGUCGGGCUCGUCGUGAUCUGCUCCGUAUGUGAGCACUUUGAGGCCUUGGCUUGAAGAAUCAAGACUGCCACUGUCGCUGGGAUGCCUGGGAACUUGCUCGCAGCGCGGCGAUAUGUCCAUCCACCGCCCACGAUCAUGUCGACUCGGCUCUUGGAUGCAUUCUUGCUCUUCUUGAAUCGGGCGAUCCGCUGCCCUUGGCCAAGCUGCACCUUCGGUCUCUGCAUCGCACAUCCAGGGCCUGCUCUCUGUCGGCCCUUGAGAAGUAUGUCAUGCGGAUCGGUGUGCCUCGGUGCGGAUGGACAAGACCCACUGACGCUCAGUAAAGCGGGACAAUCCCGAUGUCAUGAUCCUGGCCAUUUGAACCAGGGAGAUUCCCCCCACCUUCAGCGCGGCCAUGAUGAAUGGGCCUGCUGGUGCCGUGGUCCGCCCUGCACCGCAUUGGCCCUGGCGUGUCGUUGUAUGAACAAUCCCAACGCCGCCAAUGCCAGCGCCGCUGUCGUUCGACUUUUGUCUCUCGCUCGCUUCCUGCAUAUCCCACUCAUUCCACACAGGCAGACAACCGCUGUGUUGCUCGACCCUCCCUCUCUUGCCCUGCUGCUCUAUCCUGCCCAACCUACCGCUGUGUCUGUUCCCGGCCCACGAUAUGUUCUCCAAGUCAUCAAAGUCCCAGCCCAACCCAGCCCCACUGACUUCAGCAGCAGCCGGGUAAGUCAGCAUCGAGAAACGACCAAGCCCCCGUCUUCCUCGUCGCUGUUGCUGCUUGUUUUUACACUCGCCAAGUCGUUCCCUCUGCCGGAAGCCAACGAUAUACCCUCUCUGCCCACACUCUUUUGGUCGGUCGGCUCUCCACCUUGGCCAUCGACCGCUGCCAUACCUCCCUCCAUUCCUCGUGGCUCUGGGCAUCCAGCAAGCCGGUCGUUAGCAAACCGGCCUUGACCAAGGUUCUGGAUGCCCUCUACACAUCCUACAACAACAACCCAGCACUCCGAGCCUUUGU